CUUCACACGAUCUAAAAUGCGAACAGGGUUUCCAUAGGAUAUAUCGUCCUGUUGAGUCACUCUCUCUAUAAAUACAGCCAAAACAAAAGCCAGUGUGUGCUAAAGGAACUGUGUCAGUCAUGGCGGUUCGUGCUCAUGAACCGAUGCUUUUAUGCAUUCUACUCCUCGUGAGCUCAGUGAGUCAUUGCAAAGCUGAUUAUGUCAGCUUUAAGCCAGGCGAUUACGACACGGUCUUGCUCAACCGGAGCAGCUUCCCGGUCAGCUUCCUGUUUGGAACGGCUUCUUCCGCAUACCAGUAUGAAGGUGCAGCUAAUGAAGACGGUAGAGGGCCAAGUAUCUGGGAUUAUUUCACUCAUAAGUAUCCAGGUAAAAUAGCCGAUGGUAGCAAUGGAGACGUGGCUAUCGAUUCCUACCACCGGUAUAGGGAAGACGUGGGGAUAAUGAAGGAUGUGGGGUUAGAUGCCUACAGAUUCUCAAUCUCAUGGCCUCGAAUUUUACCCAACGGAAAGCUAAAGGGGGGUAUCAACAAGGAAGGAGUGCAAUACUACAACAGCCUCAUCAAUGAGCUCCUUGCACACGGGAUUCAACCUUUUGUGACACUAUUUCACUAUGACCUUCCCCAAGCCCUCGAGGAGGAGUAUGGUGGUUUCUUGAGUCCCUGGAUUGUAGAUGAUUUCCGGGACUAUGUGGAGGUCUGCUUCAAGGAAUUUGGGGAUAGAGUCAAACAUUGGAUAACUUUGAAUGAACCGUUGACAUACAGUAGUGGCGGGUAUGCCAACGGACAGUCGGCACCGGGUCGAUGCUCCGAUUGGCAGAUGCUCAACUGCACGGGUGGCGAUUCAGGCACCGAGCCAUAUAUCGUCGGGCAUAACCAGCUUCUUGCUCAUGUGGCUGCUGUUAAAUUGUACAGAGAAAAGUUUCAGACAUCUCAAAACGGAGUAAUAGGAAUAACAUUGGUUUCUCAUUGGAUGGUGCCUUACUCAGAUGCAAAGCAUAAUGAAAAUGCAGCGCUAAGAGCCCUGGACUGGAUGUUGGGAUGGUUCUUGGACCCGAUAACAUACGGCGACUAUCCGCACAGCAUGCGCUCGCUCGUAGGGAAAAGGCUUCCCAAGUUCACAAAGAAGCAGUCACUGUUGGUGAAAGGAUCGUUUGAUUUUCUCGGGUUGAAUUACUACACGGCAUACUACGCAAAGUACAUGCCUUACUCGAAUACUUUGAAUUCAAGCUACCUAACAGACGAUCGCGUGAACCUCUCGAAUGAACGCAAUGGGGUUCCAAUUGGUCCUAGGGCUGCUUCAAGUUGGCUAUCUGUUUAUCCCAGUGGAAUACAAAGUCUUCUGAUGUACGUAAAGACUAAGUACCAAAAUCCACUCAUUUUCAUAACUGAGAACGGAAUCGAUGAGUUCAAUAACUCUACAUUACCACUGGAGCACCAAUUGGCUGACUACAUAAGGAUCGAUUAUUAUUAUCGCCAUCUCUCGUACCUUCAUAAAGCGAUUAAGGAUGAUGUCAAUGUGAAGGGCUACUUCGCAUGGUCGUUGCUAGACAAUUUCGAAUGGAGCUCGGGAUACACCGUCCGGUUCGGGAUCAAUUAUGUCGAUUACAAGAACGGAUUGAAGAGAUAUCCGAAACAAUCAGCAAUAUGGUUCAAGAGUUUUCUCAACAAGUUUUGAUUCGAUAAUACAUCGUAUGCAUAUGAUAUAUGUUACGAUGAUCUCAAUAAAUAAGGAUGCAAUCAAUUGUGUAGUUCUCAAAACUCCAUGGUGAAUUUCGCGAGAAUAAAUUAUGCCAAUAAAUUUCACUAUUUCUGGAGGAUUUUGCGAACAAAUUGUCAAAACCCAAUCUACAUUCCUUAGUAUUCAUCAAAGUGUGGGGAUGUGGGGGAUUGUUGUAAUUAUAUGUCGUCGAGUCAAAAAUAUUUUGUUGAUCCAUUCAUGUGGGGGAUCGUUGUAAUUAUGGAUUCAAAAUGUCUCUUCAGAUCAUUUUUGCAGCAGUUUCUAUGUUUUUAAUAUAUAUAAAUUGUUGUAAUUAUGGGUUAAUAACUCAACUUGACUCUUCAUUCUGCUGCAAUUUCUGACUUUA